AUGUGCCCAGAAGAUGUUGUCGGCUUAGGUUUAUGGAGACAUGAACUGGCAGUGGAUGUAAUGGAGCUGAUAGAAGAGAUUGAAAGUCCUUUGCGGAUAUCUUGGGAUAAAGAUGAGAACGUGGAUCAGGCAGAUGAUAUGAUAGAAAUGGCAACAUCUGCAGGCCAGGGGGCUGAUUUCCGGAAGGAGUACCGGCGGAUCAACGAAAUCCACUCGGUUGUUUCAACGGGUACCCCUUUUCUCGCCUUGACGGCCACGGCUACAGAGCAGAUGAGAAAAGAGAUUGUAGAAGCCCUGGGCAUGUCUCCGGAUACCACAACAGUGGCCGUAACACCAGAUAGAUCCAACAUAACAUAUUCUUUCAAGAAAACUAAGAAGAAUAUCGGUGAGGAUUUGCAGUGGUUGGUGGAGCAAACUAGAUCAACGACACCAAAGAAAGUGAUUGUGUACUGUCGAAACAUUGCAAACUGUGCAACAUUGUUCGAGCAUUUUAUGCUCGAACUUGCCGAUGAUGCUUACGUGUCCAAGGAGAGAAGUCUCAACACAAGAGUGGUUGGCAUGUACCACAGAUCGACAUCCGACUCCAAUAAGCAGCACGUAUUGGAUACAUUUCCAAAAGCGGAUUUCAAUCUCUGUGUGGUAUUUGCAACCAUUGCUUUUGGUAUGGGUGUGAACAUACCUGAUGUUGAUAUCGUGGUUCACUGGGGUUCACCAAGAGGAAUUGAGCAGUUUGCCCAGGAAUCGGGUAGGGCUGGCCGAGAUGUUGAAAGUGAACGCCAGGUAGAAGAUAACUCUGUUCCUGAUCUGACAGAGACGAGGGAUUUAUCACCAGAUCAACUGCAAUUGCUGCGAGAUAAUCUGUGUGAUUUUCGUGUGUGUUUGUUGGAAGAGAUUGUUACCCCGGUGUUUGGACAACGAGACUUGUUGAUUGGGUUUUCUCAUGAAAAUAUUGACUCAAUUGUGAAUUCUGCAUGUUUCCUUAUGUGCCCAGAAGAUGUUGUCGGCUUAGGUUUAUGGAGACAUGAACUGGCAGUGGAUGUACUGGAGCUGAUAGAAGAGAUUGAAAGUCUGUAG